AUGUCUGAGGCGUCCGCUGGACCUAGAUUUGAACAUCCCCCUCUCACUAUGCGCGACAAGCCUACCCGGAAAAAAUUCGAGUCCCAACCGGUCACCAUGUCUGAUGCUUCUGCGACCAGUCUCGAUCUAGAAGCUAAAUCCAAGUUCGAAUUAUCCUCUCAUGGGGUACCUGACACUGGAAACGCUAUCGCAUUCGAUAAUUCCUCUCCUGAUAGCUCUGACUCGUCAUCUGAAGAUGGAUCUGACACAUCUUCAUCAAAUGGCUCCAGCUCGUCUUCGCCUGAUAGCUCAUCUCCCGACAGAUUUCACAUGACCUUUCCAGAGAGCAAGGUCUUGAAAACCAACGGUUUGUUUGACGAUUCCUUUGAGGAAAGCCCAAGGCCUCAACCACAAAAUGUCUGGGAAAAACCUUCUCAGUCCGAUUCCGACACUGAAACCGUUAUUUGGUGGGACCCUGCCGCAAAGCAUGACCCUGGCACCGCCCCUGCCGAUAACUGCAGCUACGAAGAAUCCAACGUUACACCUGGUGAUCUCAUCCAGGGGGAUAUUGGUGAUCUUUCUGUGGAAGACCUGGAUUCUCAGCCAAAUGCCGUCUGGGACACAUCUUCUCAGUCCGAUUCCGACGCCGAAACCGUUAUUUUGUGGGAUCCUGCUGCUAAGGAUGGCUCGGACACGGUCUCUGCCGAUAACACCGGCUCUGAUAACCCUGGCGUUAUAUCUGGUGAUUUUACGCAGGGGAAUCUUGAUAUGGAAAGCAAGGACGCGUCGGAUUCUGCCAGUAACGAAGGCUCUGGCUUGUCCUCCCAGGAGGGCUCCAACACGUUCUCCCCAGUCGGCCCCAGUUCUCUCUCGCCUAUUAGCUCAACUGCAUCAUCACAAGACCCGGUCGAUACUGAUGAACUUGAGCCAAGAAUAUCCAGAGGCUCCCAACAUAUCUGCGCAUACGCCUCUCCAGUUCAAGAUGGCUCUCGCAUUCGGACCAGCUGCGACAGCAAUGAUGACAUCGGUAGAUGGCACGUUGAUCCUGAUGGAUUUAUCAAUGAAGCUAGAAGGGCAGGAGGGCUAUACCUUUUUCCUUUGCCCGUUACCAAGCGCGAAUUGGAACCCAAUGAUCCUCUGCGCAAGAUCCACCAGGAUCUUGCUCUCCUCCAAUCAAUUUUAUCAACUCUCACCAAACACAAAAUAAACGCAGUCUCGAUGAGGCUUCAAAAAUGCGAGUACGAAUUCAUGAAUGAGCUCGAAUAUUUGCCAACUUUGAUCUUCUCUGCAACUCGUGACACCUUUGAUGACUCUUGGGUCACGGCAUGUCGCCAAAUCUGGAGACGUUUAGCCGAUGCCGGCUUUGAACAAGUCAAUGUUGAAAUAUCGGACUACGAGUUCACGCCAUGGUCCGUGCGGCCAAUACGAAAAACUGAUCCUAUUUGGCCAGUCUACAUGGACAUACUACAGAAAAUACAAGCCGAAGUCGACGUCACGGACAUGAUCGGGCUUCGCAUAAACCGUACGGGAAAGGCUGAUAGAAGAGAGAGGCCGCCGCUUACUGUGAGCAUGGACGUACGAUAUGAUACCCAUCGAGACUGGCGCGCCACAAGGGAUCAUAUUGUGAAGCUGCUGGAUGACAUGAAUCUUCCUAUGGUGGGGGUCAUUAUCACAAAGGGCAAAAACUGGAGGGGCUUAUUUUAUCCGGGAGAAAGAAGGACAUGA